CGCGCCGCGCCCGCCUCCGUUUCAAACCCGAAAAUUUCCGCCGCCCCAAACAUUUCCCUCCUCGCCUCCGCGGUCCCAACCCAACAAAUCACCCCAGCCAUUUUGCUCCCCCGCCACCUCGAUUAGUCGCGCCAAUCCCCCAACCAAACCAACAAACCAACCUUCCUCCCCCCAAAUCCCAGGUCUCCCGCCCGCACCAACCGGCCGGCCACCUACCCCUCGCGAAACCCCAAUCGGCGGCCGCCUCCCUCAUCAUCCCAUGGCGGAGCAGGACGGCGCCGCGGGGCAGAGCCCGCCCGACUCCAUUCCGGGGAUCGGCGCUAAAAAUGGGGAGGAGAAUUGUGAGCAGCAUCAACCAUAUUUUUCCAUGUGCCAACCGCUUCGCUCUGUUAGCUAUUCAAAUUCGUGGGAAGGGGUUUGUUCUCCUGCUGCCAAUGAACAUGACCACAACAGUGGCUUGAAUUCAAUGGUUGAUGAACACAUGCUGAUUGCAUCUUGUUCCCCUGGAAACAAGCAACCUCAGUCUGAGAGCAUAUAUGAUCCAGUCGGUGGGGAAAGCAAGUCAUGCUCACCAUCUUUAAUUGACAAGGAAGCCGGUUUGGUUCAAGAUGGAAUGGACAUGGAACAAUCAAUGGAUGCCAUUGAUGUGCCAAAUGAAGAAACAAAUCAGCAGCCAGAACCCCUUAGCAUAGAGCAGCCUAAUUCAAAUCAAGAUGACAUGGGUUUACGGGGUGUCGAAGCUAAUCAGCAAUUGUUGCCCCUUAACAGCAACCAGUGCAACUCCAAUAUUGGUAUUGAACCUUGUGACAUGGAAGAUAAGCAAUUUCCUUUCUCAUUUUCUUAUAGAAGGAAACCCCAAUCUGUGGGAGCUGGUCUUAGCAAUAUGGGGAACACAUGCUUCCUAAAUGCAACUCUUCAGUGCAUCACACAUACAGUCCCACUUGUUCUCAAGCUUCGCUCAACUGAUCAUUCCACUCCAUGCUCAUAUAACAAAGAUUGGUUCUGUUCUUUCUGUGCCCUUAAAGAACAUGUUGAUGAAUCAAUUCGAAGGUCUGGAUCUGUUAUAAUGCCAGCGAAGUUCAGAGAUAAUUUAAGAAAGUUAUCUUCAGAUUUUAGACAAGGACAGCAAGAGGAUGCGCAUGAAUUCCUACGUUGCUUGCUUGAUAACUUGCAUAAGUGCACCCUUGAUCCCAGGUCAAAGGGCAAGGGUUCAUCUUUUGAUGAAGAAAGUAUGGUCAAGCAAGUUUUUGGAGGCCAACUGAAAAGUCAGUUGUCUUGCUGCGAGUGUGGUCACAGCUCUGAGUCAUUUGAGCCAUUCCUGGAUCUAAGCUUGGAGAUUGAUCAGGUUGAUCACCUUGUAGAUGCUUUGGAAUCUUUUACCAAGGUAGAGCAGAUUGGGGACUCUGAAGAGAAGCUCACCUGUGAAAGUUGCAACACUCAGGUUUGUAAGAAUAAGCAGCUUACACUUGAUAAAGCACCGGAUGUCAUUGCAUUUCAACUCAAGCGUUUCACCACCCUUGACAACUUCAUUGAAAAGAUCGACAAACAUGUGGUGUACCCUCCAGAGCUUGAUUUGAAGCCGUUCCACAGCAACCCAGACACUGCGGGGGAGCUGAAAUAUGAUCUUUAUGGUGUUGUUGAGCAUUCUGGCUUACCUAACUAUGGUCAUUAUGUGUGCACCAUUCGUUCUUCACCAAUCACUUGGCACUUGAUGAAUGACUCUCAUGUUGAUUCUAUUAAUGAUGCAAGUGCAUUAAACCAGGAAGCAUAUAUUCUCUUCUAUGUUAGGCAGGGCAAAUUUCCGUGGUUCUUGAGUCUGCUAGAGGGCAAGGAUGUCCAACAUGACGAGACUACUCGUGGUGCAUCUCCUGUGUCAGUUUUGAAUACUAUAGAUGCAAAUUGUUCAACAUCUUCCGGAGAAGGAAAUAGCAAUUGUUCUGGAGAUAAGUCAGAGAAAGAUGAAACCAGGCAUUGCAAAGAGCUAGAGAAAGAUGAAACCAGUCAAUACAAAUCAUCAUUCCUUCCUGGGGAGCCAUCUAAUAGAAGUCCGCUUGGUGCUUCCAACAGCAAUAAUAUAGAAGAUGAAAUCAAUCCAUGCAGAGUAUCUCUCCAAGAUGAUGCCUCUGUUAGACAUCUCCGUACAGUUGAGACUACUAAUCUGGAUAAACCCUCUACUCCAUGCCCCAAGCGACUGUUGUCUGAUAAUGAUCUUGGCCUGUUUGACUUUGAGUACUUCGAUGAUGAGGAGACUCCUUUGCUUCCGGAUCUGAAAUUGAAACCAAAGGUGAGGAAAGCUAUGUCUGCAUCUGCAUCUAAAGCUACGAAGGGCCCUUCCGUUGAUCAGAAUGCAACACGUUUGAUGAGGGGCAUGCCAGCCUCACGAAGAAAAGGUUUCCUGGACUGCAUGCUCACACAGCAAAAUGCAAAGCAGGAGUCUCGCAGAUGCCCCGCAAGUGACCCUCUGGACAAAAAGAAAAGGAAGUUGGUUCUUCAAUACUAGGUAUUUUCAAGUAAAGUUUGAGCGCAAAAUCUUGUAUUGCUGUAUAUCCUUUUUUGUGACUUUUUCGCUGUAUAUUUUGGUUUAGCAUCCAUGCUGUCCUCCAUUGCCUGCUAAUCUAAUUUGGCUGUCAUAGCUUUUAUGGCCGGCUAGAUUGAUUGCAGGGUAGAUUAGAUCUCAGUUAAUCUACUCUCUUUGCUUCCUUAUGUGACAUCGCACGCCUAUAGUAUGUGGGAUUUGCACCUGUAUCAGAUGUCCAUUUUGUUUAGUAGGUACCGUACCACUACUUGGACAGAACAGUGCUUAUCCUGUAUAUAAUUAACCCGGGAAAAGAAAUGGAAUAAAUUUUUAUUCCGAGUCUUCGUGUCACAGUUUGUUCAAUC